AUGACUCUAACCGAGAAGCCCCUUCCUCUGAACCGACAUCUCUAUAGCCUUGAGGAGUUUAAUAAGUAUUACCCGGACAAACACGAAGAAAAGGUUGCAUUUUCCAAAAAAUGCGCCUCCCAGAUCUACUGCUCUCGCCGUAGAGUUUGGAAAGGUGUGACCACUGUGUUACCAGUGACGGAGUUCUUGAGAAAAUACAAGUGGAAGAAGUGGAUCGCCAAAGACAUUCUUGCCGGCAUCACAGCAGGUAUAAUGCACAUCCCGCAAGGACUGAGCUAUGGAUACCUAGCUGCAUUGCAACCGGUAUACGGACUCUACACCGCCUUCUUCUCAACUAUUUUUUACGUCUUAUUUGGAACUAGUCAGUACCUAAGCUUUGGGGUAGACGCCGUCACCAGCAUACUCGCUGGUGGUAUCAUCCAAAUGGAGCUGGAGAAGUUGCCGCUGUCCGUAGAGUUUUCCCAGAACGUUACCGAAAACGGAACGUCGUUGUUGUCAGAAAAUGUGGUGGGACUGGAGCACAAGGCGUCCAUAGCCACGGCUGCUAGCCUGACGGUAGGACUGAUACUCAUCCUCAUGAGCAUCCUUCGGCUCGGAUUUAUCACCUUGUACUUAUCUGAUUCCUUCAUCAGUGGAUUCACAACGGGAGCCGCGGUCCACAUCGCCACAAGUCAAAUCCCCAAAAUGCUGGGCAUCAAGGUAGGCUUUGUGGACGGUGUUGGGAAGGUUGUACGGACUUACAUUAUCCUUUUCCAGAAACUCGCCAGCACCAACAUAGCUGAGUUAGUUGUAUCUCUGGUGUGCGUGGCCGUCCUGUUUAUAGUAAAGACAUUCAUAAACGAGAGGUAUGCUUCCAAAUUGAAGAUCCCCCUCCCCAUUGACCUGAUCGUCGUCAUUCUCGGCACUGUGGCUUCUCAUUUCGGAAAAUUCCAUGAUAAUUACGAUGUAAACAUAGUGAAGGAGAUCCCUGCAGGAAUACCUGCACCAACCAUGCCUGGACUCGACAAGAUCACUCCUGUCACCUUCUUCAUCGAGUGCUUCAUCAUAGCCGUUCUAGUAUUUGCCGUCUCCAUCAGUAUGGCUAAGCUGUGUGCCAAGAAACACGGCACAGAAGUAGAUGACAACCAGGAAUUGAUGGCUUACGGAAUGUCAAACGCUCUCAGCAGUUUUUUCCACUGCUUUCCUUCCUGUUGCGGGUCUCCACGCACGAUGCUUCUCAGCACCAUGGGGUCCAAAUCCACACUCAGUGGAGUGUCGGCCGCUGCUCUCAUUUUACUUGUCCUCAUGGUGAUUGGUAAGCUGUUCUAUGCACUUCCGGUCUGCGUGCUGGCAGCCAUGAUUGUCGUUGCCAUGAAGAAACUAUUCCUUCAGGUCAAAGAUCUGAAACUCUACUGGCAAGUUAACGUAUUCGAUUUUGUGAUUUGGAUCGCCACUUUUUUGUCAGUGGUUUUGCUUGACAUCGACAUCGGCCUUGGAGUGGGAGUCGUGGUGUCCGCAUUCACAGUUCUUUUCCAGAGUCAGACGGCGGGUGGACUGGCGUUGGGCAAGGCCAACUCAGAAGACGUGGCUGCCAGCUUGAAGAAAGACAACAUUCAUCCAAUUCCCGGAGUGAGAGUCUUCAAGUUUCAAACAUCCUUCUAUUUCGCGAAUGCUGAAAUUUUGCGCAAAAGUCUUUAUAAAUGUACAGUAAAUCCCAAAGUCCUUGCCAAGGAAAUGGCUAAAGCCAUGAAGAAAAACAGAGAGCCAAAGGCCCAAGCCAGCAAACUAAGUCUACCCAAGAAGAGCAUGCUGACUAAUUCUCUUGCUCAACCACACGGCUUGUCCUACACAGUACAAACUGAUGACAGAACUGGUUACCUGGACGUUGGCAAGGUAAACGGAGGCUAUCUGGACAUGGAGCACGUAAACAAUGGGUACCCGGACAUUGAACCCAUGGGCAGUUGUCUUAGUACCCUGGAGAACGGUGUCCCUGAAUUAGGAGGUGACCACAUUGUGUUCCAGAGAGACAUUGAUCGGAUUCGCCACAUAGUCCUCGACUGCUCUGCUGUCUCGUACAUUGACAUCGCCGGGAUCAAGAUGAUGAAGCAGAUUAUAGAGGACUUUAAGUCAGCAAAGAUAACGGUGCUAUUAGCUGGAUGCUCCACCAAUAUGAUCAAAGCCUUGGAGGCUGCGGGGUUUUUCGAAACUGUGGAGAAAUCGGUGUGUUUUUAUGAAGUGACGGAUGCCGUUCAGACUGCAAUUAUUGACAGGUGUGAGGCUGUGCAGUCCACGGUCACAAAACUUUAA